AUGUCAAACGAGGACAAGCUGCGGCAGCUUUUAAAAUGGGAGGUCGUCAACGAAGGUAAACCUUCGCUCAUAUUAAACAGACUUAGAGGUUUAAAUGACAACGCGUGUAGCGACAACGUCUUUAAAUCAAUUUUCCUAGAGCAGCUCCCAAGCGUAAUACGCGCCAUUUUGGCCAUGUCACAAGUCGCCGAUUUGUUGGCCCUUGCGACUUUGGCAGACAAGGUUUGCGAGGCCGUAAGUCCAACCGCUUUCCAAACUUUCACGGUAGCACCGCACAGUGCAGCCACUUCCAACGUGGUUAACCCAUCCUCGGCAUCGGCUUCUCAAUCUGCCACAGAGUCCAUCGUGGCAAUAGUGGCGCAGCAAAGGAAGCUGCUAGAGGAACUCUCCAAUCGAAUAGCUCAACUCGAGUGUCAACGCGGUCGAUCCGCCGACAGGUCAAAUGCGCGAGGAAACUUCGUCCCGCGUAAUUGCAGUCAGUCCAAUAUUAGGGGAGGUCUAUGUUUUUACCAUGACCGGUACUGUAAGAAGGCGCAUAAAUUCCAAGCACCCUGUUCGUGGAAACCGGCCGAAAACUCGACAUCGGAAAACUAA